GUUGUGGACAUAAAAGUUGAUGAGGAAUUGAAGACCCUCUCUGCUGAUAUCAUCUCAAGAGCUUGUUUUGGUAGCUCUUACUCCCAGGGCAACCAGAUUUUUGCAAAGAUUGCUAUCCUCCAGGAGGCCUUGUCCAAUCCAAGUUUGCUCUUUGGCUUUCUCAAUUUUAGCUUAUUUCCUACAGAGAGUGAGAAGAAGAUUAAGAGUUUGAGAAAAGAGGUGGAUGCUUUGUUACUCAAAUUAGUGAGAGAUCGCCAAAAGGAAAGCCAAUCGGGAGGCACGUCAGAAAAGGACCUAUUACAAAUGAUACUCCAAAGUGCUGCUAAUAACAGCACUGACAGGCCUCAACAAUAUAUGCUCAAAACAGACCAAUUUAUUCUGGAUAAUUGUAGAAGCAUCUACUUUGCAGGAUCUGAGACCACAGCUCUCACAGCAUCCUGGACACUGAUGCUCUUGGCAUUGCACCCAGAAUGGCAAGAACGUGUUCGUGUCGAGAUUGCUGAGGUCUGCGGGGACGAUGAUGAUCAACUGCGUCAAUGCUUGAAAGACAUGGACAACCUGAGCAAGUUGAAAACGCUGACAAUGGUGAUUCAAGAGAGCCUGCGGCUGUAUGGGCCCGGAGUCAUAUUGGCAAGGGAAGCUCUAGCAAAAAUGAAGUUGGGGGACUUUACCGUGCCGGAAGGCGUCCAUAUAUGGACGCUCAUUCCGACAGUGCACCGCGAUCCCGAAAAUUGGGGUCCGGAUGCUAAUGAGUUCAAGCCAGAGAGGUUUGCAAAUGGGGUGUCUGAGGCAUGCAAGUAUCCACAAGCAUACGUGCCAUUUGGUCAUGGGAGCCGAUCGUGUAUAGGGCAGACUUUUGGCAUGGUGCAGCUCAAGAUAGUGCUUCCUCUCAUUCUGUCCAAGUUCUCAUUUUCCCUUUCUCCAAAUUAUCAACACUCCCCUGUUUAUAAAAUGCUGUUGUUGCCGGAACAUGGAAUCAGACUCCUUGUUAGGCGUGUGCAGUGAUUUGAAGGCAGCUAGAGCUGGUUUAAGGGUACAAUAAAACUGUUUGUAAAUAGACAGACCCUAUUUGUAAAACCACUACCGUACAAUGUGCUAAAUAUAAUGUUAAUCACAGAAUUAUCUGUCAUAUAUUUUAAUAUUUCAGACU